AUGGAGAUUCUUCAUUUGAAGGAACCCGCGAAACAAUUGACACUGGGCCAGGACUUUGUUGCAGAGGAUGCCGAGAAAUUCGGGAGAAUGUUCAUGUUCGGAGCACUUUGGACAAAGGCUCAUUUUUUCCAACAGGCUGAUCGUGUCUUCAAGACAGAGCAGGCCGGACUCUUUGGUCUCGAAUUCGGAGAAGGAGGGGAUGCCGGCAAUGGUAUGAAGAAUUUCCAUACCCAGUUGUUUGCAUUCACAUAG